GGUUUAUAAAACAAACAGCAUUUUGCAUUUCGAGCUACAGAGUUAACUGCGUGUUCGAGCAUGACAGGGACCAUGAAGAAGUUUUAUGAUCUGUCCGCCAAGCUUUUGUCAGGGGACCUCCUGAAUUUUUCGUCUCUCAAAGGUAAAGUUGUGCUUAUUGAAAAUGUGGCGUCGCUUUGAGGCACAACAGUCAGGGAUUACACUCAGAUGAACGAGCUCCACAGUUGUUAUGCUGAUCAGGGGCUGGUUAUUCUGGGCGCUCCCUGCAACCAGUUCGGACAUCAGGAGAACUGCAAGAAUGAUGAAAUUCUGAAAUCUCUGAAGUAUGUCCGUCCGGGAAAUGGCUUCGAGCCCAAAUUCCAGCUUCUGGAGAAGCUGGAAGUGAAUGGUGAGAACGCCCACCCUCUGUUUGUGUUCCUGAAAGAGAAGCUGCCUCAACCCAGUGAUGACGCUGUGUCCCUGAUGGGUGAUCCCAAAUUCAUCAUCUGGAGUCCCGUGAACAGGAAUGACAUCGCCUGGAACUUUGAGAAGUUCCUCAUUGGCCCGGACGGGGAACCGUUCAAGCGGUACAGCAGAAGGUUCCUCACCAGCGACAUUGAAGCAGAUAUCAAAGAGCUUCUCAAGAGGACGAAGUAAAUCUGGCAGGCAGCCU